UACUCCCUCCAUCCGCCCUGCUUGCAUCCUUACCUCCAUAUCUCACACACGUCUUCAGCUCAUGGCGCAUCUUCAUCUGCGCAGUCCUGUGAUGUUGCUUCAUCCUCAUCCUCUCUGUACAGACUGGACGUCAUGAAAUCGGCCCAUUGAACUGAUGAUCAGCAUCGGCAUAAUGAACUUUGCACCCCCCCUUUUUUCCUUCUACCUGAUGCUGCACAAUGUAAGAGAUGUGUUAUCAGGGCAGUGCUGGCAGGGGCCGACUUAUUCUGAGACGGUAGUGUCUCCUGAGUUGAGGAGCAGCAGCAUCUUGAGGGUUCCAGAGGUGUUGACUCUGGCCCAGUGUGUAGGUGCAUGCUGUGAUCUUCCAGGCUGUGACCUGGCCUGGUUGUUUGAGAGACGCUGCUACAUCCUCAGCUGUCAGGAAAAAGAAAACUGUCAACCCAAAAAGAGGCCUGGGACAGACUCAAGGUUAACCUUCCUACAGCGUCGGCGGCCACAGACCCUGGUACUGCAGUCCCUGGUACGGGGCGAACCUUAUAGCAGUCACUGGCGUCCACUGCCCAGACACAGAGGCCCAGACAACCCUCUGAAGGACCUGGCUUUGCUGGAGGAUAUUCAAAAUUUGGAGAACAACAAUGCAAUGGAGUAUGAUGAAAGUUACAGGACUGAGGAGGAUGACAUCAGUGAAGAAAGUACUGCCUCAAAGAUGGAAAAGGAGAAGAGUCAAAGACUACUUGACUGGCCUCUUGCUGAAAGAGAUGGAUUUAACUUCUCAGAGACAGAGGGGGGCAAAAUAAAGCUCUCUGUAAUGGAGAGCACUGAGGGCAUCCAGGUAACACCAAGCCCCUCUCUAGAAGUGUCAAAUGGAAGCAGAACAAUUCCCAGUCCAACAGAACCUUCAUGGAGCCCUUCAGCAUUUAGUGUGCCUACUAUAAAGGAUGAGGAAGAUCUGUUUAACAUCUCCUUCACGGAUUUGGACCCCACAGCCAUACCGCAGGUGAUGAAUGCAGAUCCGUCCAAACUGAGCCCAUUCAGAAGCUCUCUACCUUCGUUUCCACCUAACAUUGGAUAUACAACUCCAAGCACCUCUUCACUUCCAGCUGAAGCCCUGGUUGUGUCUAUUGGAGAUGUUGCUGAUAUAAUACUGCCUGAGAAUACUGUAGAACUAACUGCAUCGGUUGAUUCACACACUGAAACUGAGAAUCCAUAUACAUAUGAAUGGAGUUUUGUACGUGCACCCAUUGGGCAACCAGGAGUGAUGGAAGGAAAACAUAAGAGGACUGUAAAGGUCUCUGAGCUGUCUGCUGGUGUGUAUGUUAUCAAAAUAAGUGUGAGAGGGAAGCAGGCAUUUGGUGAAAGUGCUGUAAACUUCACUGUGCAUCCUGAGGUUAGCCUGAAUAUGCCACCCAAAUCAGUUGCUCUGCCCAAGCACCAAGAUGUAUCUCAAUCUGUUGAUACCAUCGUUUUCAUUAAUGGCAGCCAGAGUUCUGAUGACUCAGGAAUUGUCAGUUAUCUGUGGGAACAGGUGGAUGGACCAUUGUGGAGCAGGGAAGGUCCUAUGAACACACCAGUACUUGCACUACAGAACAUUUAUCCUGGAGACUACACAUUCAGGCUAACUGUGGUGGAUUCUGAGGGACUUAGUGACUCCACCACUGCCACAGUGAAAGUCAGCAGUCCUAUAGAUGAGCCUCCAGUGGCUAUAGCAGGCACUGAUCAGAUCAUCAGGCUUCCCCUGAACCAUCUGACUUUGUGGGCUAAUCAGAGCACAGAUGAUCAUGGCAUCAGCAGCUUUCUGUGGAGUCUUCAGCCCAGCAGCCCAGCCAAAUCAGGAACUAUACAGGGUGCCAGAUCUCAAGUUCUCCAGCUCUCCGAUCUCCAGGAGGGUCAGUACAUUUUCCAACUCACUGUCACUGACUCCAUUGGUCAACAAGAUUCAGACACAGUCACAGUCACUGUACUUGCUGACAACAGUGCUCCUGUAGCUGUGGCAGGCCCUGACAGAGAACUGAUUCUUCCUGUGAGCAGUAUUACUCUGAAUGGCAGUGACAGCACUGAUGAUCAAGCCAUUACCAGCUACCAGUGGGAAAUCCUUAGUGGUCCUCCUGGAUCAGAGAUAAAGGAUGCAAGCAAAGCAGUUGCACAAGUCUCAGGCCUGCAUGCUGGGAGUUUCAGGGUUAAACUAACGGUGCAGGAUGAGCAGGGGGCAUGUGACAGCGCUGUUCUCACUCUUACAGUCAAAGAAGCUGAAAGUCUGCCACUCACCGCCCAUGCAAGUGGUAGCCACACACUUACCUUACCCAAUAACUCUCUGGUGCUGAGAGGCUCUGUGUCUAACUGCGGCUCCACAAAUGUGUCCUUCUUGUGGGUCAGAGACGAGCAAAGUCCAGCUGCAGGGGAUAUUCUUUUUGGUUCAGAUCAUGAGCCAUCUUUGUACUUGGCUAACCUCGUAGAGGGCACUUACCUGUUCCAGCUGCGAGUCAGUGAUGGUCAGGGUCGCUCCAGCACUGCAAUGGCUACAGUAGAAGUCCGUCCUGAUGUGCGAGAGCGGGAGGAGGUCGAGUUAGAGCUGCAGGUCCCCUUAGCUCAGAUCAGUAAGCAGCAGAAGGAGUCAGUGGUGAGGCAGUUGGCUGCCCUGCUACAUGUGCUUGAUGCAGACAUCAGUAUGAAGGGCCUGCAUGGGCAGUCAGAUAUCAGCACCGUUUUUAGGUUCUCAGUGCAGGGUUCUGAUGGGACAAUUCCUGGCCCAAAACUGGCCCGUCUCCUGAGGUAUCAGCUUGUGAAGGAGAAAACAGAUUAUCUGCUCUUCAAAGUUCUCAGAGUGGACACAGUCAUGUGUUUGCUGAUCUGUUCUGGUCAUGGUCAGUGUGACCCUGUUACUCGAAGUUGUUCCUGUGAUCCUCUAUGGAUGAAAAACCCCUUUAGAUACUUCCUUGAUGAUGAGAGCAACUGUGAUUGGAGUGUACUCUAUGUCAUAAUCUGCUGUGUGGUGGUGAUCAUAUUUCUGGUGUCUUCGAGCUGGGCCUGGUGUAAAAGGAGCAGACGCACAAAAGUAAGAAAGAAAACCAAAUACACAAUCCUGGAUAAUAUGGAUGAACAGGAGAGAAUGGAAUUACGGCCUAGAUACAAUAUCAAACACAGGAGCACAGAGCACAAUUCCAGCCUAAUGAUGUCAGAGUCCGAGAUUGAUAGUGAGCAGGACACUAUCUUCAGUUACGAGAGGACAGAUAGAGCCAGAAAUCGUAUUAAUGGUGCCAUGAUGAAUGGAGACACGUACAGCCUGCGGCCCGUGGAAGGAUAAGACUUUUGAGAGGAUGCUGUAUUUCACAGGGCUGCUUUAUUUUCAGACUGGAGAAUCUUUGCAGGUAACAGAGACGGGCUGAAUGUUUCUAUAGAGCACAGACGUUUGAAUGUAAAUAGCCUUUGUUGUUAUGCAAAGCCUAUUCUUUGCUGGUUGCAGAUUAAUCUUUAUUUUCCUCUUGCCUAAUUUAAUACCAGCUAGUGGAUAAGCACCAAAAACAGCAAUUUAUUUAUUAAUUUUGUAUUCAAAUGCAUGGUUUGGCCUAUAAAGCAAUCCUCUGCUGACACACUGAUUAAAAUAUUAUUAAUGAAAUGACCCUAUUCGAACAUUACGCCUUUACAGUGAUUUGCAUUCGGUAGUUUUACAAAAACACUGAAUUCUGUUUGUGAGGAAAUUUUACUUUAAAAUGGAAUGUAAUGCUAACUGGUUGGUGGCGAUGCUUCCAACCCCUUGUCUGAUGCACUUCUUAAUGAUGUUGGAUAUGAAUUCAGAUUUAAUUAGUCGAAGGAGACAUUUAGCUUGUUUGUCACUGAUGAUUUUAAAUAAAGUGUAAUUGUGUUUACCAACAAGCUGUAGAGGUUUUCUCGAUCAGAUUAAAGUGUUGUUAAAAGUUUUGGACCCUAGCGCUAAACACACAUGAAUCUAUGUUUAAAUACCCAUGUUGUGUUUUCUAUCAACGUUCACUCUGUAUUUAAAAAAACUAGGUAAGGAGUUAAUCCCAAGAAAGAAUUCUGAUUUAACAGCUUCUAUAUUUCAGUGAUGUCAUUAAAUUUUUAUUUGAAAGUAUAAUUAACAGCAAUCCGAUCUGAACUUGUUGGCAACUGUAGCCGAUCUGAAUAAAUAUUAAACUCAACUUCAUUACAAAUGUGGUUUAUUUGAAGCCUUUGCUAGUCAUAACAGCAAUCAUUUAUCAAAGUAAAUUCACAGUGCUUUUUGAUUUUUUUGUGUGAGAUUGUGAUGAAUGUGAUAUUUGAGAAUCAAAAUCACAUUUAUGGAAAACAUGUAGCGAUACACUGAUUCGGCAAAUUACAUUUACUUAAGGAUAAUAGAAUUAUUCAGAUAUUAAAAACAGAAGAAAGAAAUACACUUUACAGAUCCAUUACACUUUUUGAAUGAACACAAUAUUUCCCCAGAACAUAUAUUUUUAACACUCAUAUCACAGUCAUUUGAUGUUUUAUAUUAGUCCAUUAAUAAUUACUGUUUGAUAAAUCAAUUAAUUACAUUUUAAGGAAGUAAAAAUUUGUAGAAAAAUAUCCUUAUCACAACAAUUACAAUUUUCACAACACUGUUAGCCAUGCAAAAUGCAGAAACACAAUCUACUCUGAAUUAUACACAAUUGAAUAGCAAUUCAUUUUUUUUAUUAAAACAUCUUGUGCAUUUUCACUGUAAAUUUUACUUUCUUAAAAGACAGAGGGAUUCUGAACAAGUUUACAAUAUAACGCAGUAUAUUAAGCGGCAGAAGUGAGAUCAAGUACACAAGUAUUUAAGUGCUAUAUGCUGGAUAUAAAAAGUUAAUAUUCACUGCUCACAACCAGACACACAGUGAAAAUUCGUAAUAUCUAAAUUCCAACUACUGCUUCAAUGUUUUUUUUCCCUCGUUCAAAACAGUGCUUUUCAUUUGGAACAUUAAUGAAUCCCUGUAAUACCCAUUUAUUUAAGUUGAAACAAAAUGAAUGGUUUGCAUCACAAUACUCUAAUUACUGGUAAGUGCAUGACUUUUAAUUUUAUUU